CGGGACGGACGCUAUGAAUACAAGGAAAUGUGCUUGUUUUAAGAUUCCAUGGUUUAAAUCAGCCUGUAAUAGCGGGGCAUUGAUUACCUGCUGUGAGACGAUGGCGGGAGCUGUGUUUGUCUUCACGCUCGUUGUUUUAAUGAGUUUUGCCGCGGACGCCUUGGACAAUGGUUUGGCACUGACACCUACUAUGGGCUGGCUGCACUGGGAGAGAUUCAUGUGCAAUACCGACUGUAAAACAGACCCCGACAACUGCAUCAGUGAGCGGCUGUACAUGCAGAUGGCAGAUGUGAUGGUAAAGGAGGGCUGGAAAGAUGCUGGGUACGAGUACGUCUGCAUAGAUGACUGCUGGACCUUCCACAAACGCGAUGCUCAGGGCCGACUGCAGGCGGACCCCGACAGGUUCCCCAGUGGAAUUAAGAAACUGGCAGACUAUAUCCAUUCUAAAGGCUUGAAGCUGGGCAUCUAUGCAGACCUUGGCUAUAAGACCUGUGGAGGGUACCCGGGCAGUCUGGGCUACCAUGAGAUUGAUGCCCAGACGUUUGCUGACUGGGAUGUGGAUCUGCUUAAGUAUGAUGGCUGUUAUUUGGAAUGGAAACUGGUCGGAGAGGGUUACAUAAAUAUGUCAAAAGCUCUCAACAACACUGGAAAGAGCAUCCUUUACUCCUGUGAAUGGCCUUUGUAUGUGUGGCCUUUUGAUAAGCCCAAUUACACAGCCAUCCGUGAGACGUGCAAUCACUGGCGCAACUAUGCAGAUGUGUAUGACUCAUGGAGCAGCAUAAAGUCCAUUUUGGACUGGAGUGCGAAGUAUCAAGACAUCAUCGUCCCCUCGGCUGGACCAGGAGGCUGGAAUGACCCUGAUAUGCUGGUAAUUGGGAACUUUGGCCUAAGUCAUGACCAGCAGGAGUCCCAGAUGGCCUUAUGGGCUAUUAUGGCAGCCCCUCUGAUCAUGUCCAAUGACCUGAGAGACAUUUGCCCGCGGUCAAAAGCACUGCUACAGAACAAAUACAUCAUAGCCAUCAAUCAAGACCCACUGGGCAAACAAGGGUACCAGACUAGCAAGGGAAACGACUUUGAGGUAUGGGAGAGGCCACUCUCUGAGAACAGACUGGCCAUGGCUGUGAUGAACCGUCAGGAGAUCGGUGGCCCUCGUCGGUUCUUCCUUGCUGCAGCCCCAGGCUGGGAGCUGUGUAAUCCUAAAUGUAACAUCACCUUGAUCCUGCCUAAGUACCAGGAGCUGGGAGUUGUGCCUCUCCAGACUGACUUGAUGCUCCCAGUGAACCCGUCUGGCACCAUGCUGUUGACGCUCACUCCCCUCCAAAACACCUUACAGGACCACAAGCUCCGCUGGAACAGCACCUUGUAAAUGAAAUGACUUUUUUACAUUGCCCUCAAUUUUGAGCUUGACAGUUUAAAGGCACUUUAAGAUUUGUUUCUAUUAUGGAUUUUAAAAUCAAAUACAUUUUAAUAAACUAGACAAAUUAAUGUACUAUUUUAUUCAAAAUGGAGAGUAAUCAAUGUUAUGACACAGCCAACUUUGUUUUUAUAAA